GCCGAUCGUUGAUCAGCUCGUCACAUCGAGAUACCGCACCCACAUCCAGCCCCAGGGGGGGACCGAGCCGCCCGGCACGCCCCUAUAUAACCCUCCCUCCUCCCAUCCCCGCUCUCCCGUGCUCAUCCAUCCAUCCACUCUCGCCAAGGCAGGGCCUCCUUCUCCUCGCUGUGCUGCCCCGCAGUUGCAGAACACUUGCCUCGCUCUCCAGCGCGCGCCCGCCCAAGCACCGGAGAGCUCGCGCGGCAGGCACACCCGCCGGCCGGAGGGGGGGCUACGACUGUUCUGUGCAAGCACGGCAAAGCUUGGCGCGAUGAUGUCGUCGGUGCCGGAGGCGGCGUUCGCCAUGGACCAGCACCUCGCGCCGCCGCAGUUGCAGACGGCGGCGGAGCAGGAGCAGCUCUGCUACGUGCACUGCAAGUGCUGCGACACCAUCCUCGCGGUGGGCGUGCCGUGCAGCAGCCUCUUCAAGACGGUCACCGUGCGGUGCGGCCACUGCGCCAACCUGCUCUCCGUCAACCUCCGCGGCCUCCUGCUGCCGACGGCGGCGGCCAACAACCAGCUCCCCUUCGGCGGCCAGCAGCAGGCUCUCCUCUCUCCGACCUCCCCGCACGGCCUACUUGAUGAGAUGAUGCCGUUCCAACAAGCGCCGAGCCUGACGAGUGCUGAACCGGCGAGCGCUUGCGUGAGCACCAUCACCAGCAUCAACAACAGCUGCGGCGGCCGCAACAACGCGUCGGCCAUGUCCAUGGCGCCGCCGCCGCUGAAGCCUGCACCGCAGGAGCCGCAGCUGCCCAAAAGCGCGGCGUCCGGGAACAGAACUGCAGAGAAGCGGCAAAGAGUUCCUUCGGCAUACAACCGAUUCAUCAAAGAUGAGAUCCAGCGCAUCAAGGCCAGCAACCCGGACAUCACUCACAGGGAGGCUUUCAGCGCGGCUGCCAAGAACUGGGCCCAUUUCCCACACAUCCAUUUCGGUCUCAUGCCGGAUCAGGGCCUCAAGAAGGCCUCUAUGCAAAAUCACGAGGGAGGUGAAUGCAUGCUUUUCAAGGAUGGCCUCUACGCCGCCGCCGCCGCCGCAGCAUCUAGCAUGGGCAUUGCUCCCUUCUGAUCUUCACGGACCGGGAUGAUCGACAGAGUUCUGCCUUUGUGCAUCUAGCAAUAGGGCACAGCUUAGUGUUUCUGCCUCGUUCCCUCGAUAUCUUGUUGCUAGCUAGUUUAGCUUUAAUGUUUCCUCCGGAGGAUCUGAAACGUAUCUCUCAGUAACCGCAUGUCGGUAUCUAUGCGUACUCUUCUUCUUCUAGUUCUGCUUCCGUUCCGUUUUUUCAGUUUUUCUGUAACCUGGACUCCUGGAGAGGUUGACAUGUGCGUAUGCUGCCUCUUAUAUAAUAUGGACAUAAUUCUAGCUGGAUCUUUGGCUGA